GCAACCUUUGUCCCGGAUGUGAUACUUCGUUUUCAAAACAGUGGUUGUAUUAGCAAACAGCGUAUUGUAUUACUAACAUAACUACUAAACAAAUACGUUUURGURCUGAGAGMUUGUAUUAUAUUUAUAACAUAAAUUAAAUAUGGCURCUACCAGACAGUUUAUUCAACGCAUAAAGUAACGCCGGACAACCCGUUCAAAACUACAUCGCAAAACGAGCUAAGUUCGKUUAGCAUUGCUAAGAAAUUGUACAACAAUGACUUUGGCUGUCGGACGCGAACCCAGAAAGACUGCGGGGAACCGCAUGUCUAAACUACUGGAUGCUGAAGAAGAGGAUGAGUUCUACAAGACCACAUAUGGAGGCUUCCACGAUGAAUCCGGGGAUGAUGAAUAUCACGGAGAACAUUCAGAUACAGAGGACGAGGUGGACAGCGACUUUGACAUCGAUGAGGGUGACGAGCCGGACAGUGACCAGGAGGAAGCUGCACCGCGGAGAAAAAGUCGGGUCGUCACUAAAGCUUAUAAGAAAACUAUGAGCGUUUGGAAGCAGACAAGAAGAAACAAGUUCAUAAGAAGCGACGUUUUGAGGGGCCGACCAUCCGGUAYCAUUCAGUCCUCAUGCCGCUCGUCUCGCAGUCACUACUCAAAGAAGAAAACGUGGACGUCGAGGGCCUGGAUCAGGAUGUUUCUCAGGCGGCACCACAAAAUCCCACGACACCCUCCCAACAGCCCACCGGAGGCCUGUGCUCCAGGACUUUCAUYACGUUUAGCGACGAGGAAGCUUUCGACGUGGCUUUUGCUCACAGUAGCCAWUCGAGCCCUCAGCUCCCCGUCCAGGAGAUCUGUCCUGUCACCCACAAGGCGGCCCUGUACCGAGACCCGGUCACAGAUAUACCUUACGCCAACGCCCGAGCCUUCCGCAUUAUCCGAGAAGCGUACCGAAAAUACGUGGCGGCUCAUGGGUUUCCAAACACUUCGGGAGGGGGACAAGGAGGCGACUCUUCUGCCAUGAAGGGCGUCCGGCAGAAAAUGGUUGUCAAACAGACUGCCGUUUCCACGUAAUUGGUUAUUUCUUUCUUUAAAAUUACGCAACUUUCAUUCAGAGGGUUUUUAUCUCACCUCAGUUAAAUCAGUUGGAUUUCUAUGAAGUGUGGGGUGUCUCAUUAAUUCUUAAUGUAAGAAAAUACAUAAUUAUUAUUUGGACCAGAUGAGGCAGAAGUGCAUGAAAACCUACAGGAUGACCUGUUUUUGAUUUCAAACUGAAAUAUGUUGUACGUUUUAAUGUUUUGUCUUUUUUACAGUUUAUUUGUUUAGUUUUUAUAGAUAUGCUCCUCAAAGAAAGAUCAAAUAAAACAUUUAAAGUCGUAACAUUUUUCUGGACCUUACUGUUAAAAGUGGCUUUGAUAAGGUUUACAUAAAAAUCAG